UGCGGUCGACAGGUGGCUGCUGCCAGCAUGGCGGCGUUGGUAGUGGUCAGUCGGUGCAACUCUGCCGGUAGUUUAACGAUUAAUUCGCUCUUACGGCCCCGGGGCACUAAUUCUAUUAACGUAUGGCGUAGGUAUCUAAACGUUUCAUCAAACAAGCUUUCAUACCCACCAGCGGUACGGUUGAUUUGUCCCAAAAAGCUGUUUCCAAGUCGUCAUCAUGAUAACCCUCUGCUGAAACAAUUGCCGCACAUUAAGCUUCUUCAGAGAAACGUGCAACUAGGCAAGCCGAGGAAAUGCUUCCACCCCGGAGCUUCGACGCUAUUGCCCGCUCAGAUCGGCGUCUCUUUAGAAACUGUCAGCAACUGGUCCAUCAUCAAACAGAUGUUUGUUUACCUCUGGCCAAAGGACAAGCCGGAGAUCCGAAAACGAGUCAUCGUAGCCUUGGGUAUAUUAAUCUUGGCUAAGGUGAUCAAUAUCGAAGUGCCAUUUAUCUUCAAAGCUGCUAUUGAUUACCUCAAUGAACAAACGGGGAGUCAUCUUUCUCUUGAAGAUGCAUCAAGCACUCUAACAUCAGCAGCUUUUGCACUUCUUGUUGGCUAUGGUCUGGCAAGGGCUGGUGCAUCAGGAUUCAAUGAGCUCAGAAAUGCUGUGUUCGCCAAAGUGGCCCAUCAUUCAAUACGAGAGGUAGCUCGACGACUCUUCAUGCAUCUCCACCAAAUGGACCUGAACUUCCACCUGUCUCGGCAGACAGGCGCCCUCUCCAAAGCCAUCGACCGUGGGACGAGAGGCAUCAACUUUGUCCUUUCUGCAUUGUUGUUCAACAUUGUGCCAACCAUCUUCGAAGUGACACUCGUUAGCUCUGUAUUGUAUUACAAGUGCGGAGGGAAGUUUGCUGCUGUGACGCUGGGAUGCAUUGGGACAUACAGCAUCUUCACGUUCGCCAUAACCCACUGGAGGACAAGGUUCCGCAUAGAAAUGAACAAAGCUGAGAACGAAGCUGGAGCACAGUCGAUCGACUCACUCAUAAACUAUGAGACAGUGAAGUACUUCAACAACGAGAAAUUCGAGGUAGAAAACUAUGACCGAUUGCUGGCCCAGUACCAGGAGGCCUCUCUGAAGACAACAACCAGCUUAGCACUUCUGAACUUUGGCCAGAAUGCCAUUUUCAGUGCCUCAUUGUCAGCAAUCAUGGUGUUAGCAAGUCAGAACAUCCUGAACGGCACUAUGACAGUAGGUGAUCUGGUGAUGGUUAAUGGGCUGCUGUUCCAGUUGUCGCUGCCACUUAACUUUCUUGGUUCAGUCUAUCGGGAAGUGAAGCAGUCAUUGAUUGACAUGCAGACAAUGUUUGUUCUCAUGAAGCUAAAGACGCCAAUUCAGUCUAAACCUGGAGCUCCCCUCCUGGUUGUCGCUCCAAACACGGCCACAGUGGACUUCGAGAACGUCUCUUUCGGCUAUGUCGAGGGGAAGCCCAUCUUGAACAAUCUCAACCUCUCCAUCCCAGCUGGCAAAAAGGUGGCACUAGUUGGUGGCAGCGGCACAGGCAAGUCAACUAUCAUCCGACUGUUGUACCGGUUCUUCGACCCAUCUGACGGACGGAUCCUGAUCAAUGGCCAGGACAUCAAGACAGUAGACCUCGACAGCCUAAGGAAAGCAAUAGCUGUCGUGCCUCAAGACGCAGUGCUGUUCUACAACACCAUUGAGUACAACUUGCAUUACGGUGACUUUUCGCGCUCCCUCGAAGAUGUGCGGCAGGCCGCCGACAUGGCCGAGCUGCAUGACUCCAUCAUGGCCUGGCCCUUGCAGUAUGCCACCCAGGUGGGGGAGCGGGGGCUCAAACUCUCCGGCGGAGAGAAGCAGCGUGUUGCCAUUGCACGGGCCAUCCUCAAGAACAGCCCCAUCCUGGUGUUCGACGAGGCCACCUCCUCUCUUGACUCUAUCACUGAGCACAAAAUCAUGAUGGCACUCCAGCGGGCAUCACAAGGCCGCACAUCCAUCUGCAUCGCCCACCGCCUUUCCACCGUGGUGGAUGCGGACGAGAUAUUUGUGCUGAGCGACGGCAAAGUGUGCGAGCGAGGAAACCACCGCAGCCUUCUGGCAAACCCAUCCAGUUUCUACGCCAUGCUCUGGAACCAGCAGCACCAACCCCACCGGGAGAACGUGUGAUGGAACAAUUGCAAAGUUAGUUGCAGAAACAUAUGGUGGGGCAUCAGACUUGUGGUGUUAGCAAAUUAUUGCUAGCAGAACCGUUCCUCAAUGUGGCCGACAAAAAAAAAAAAAACUGUUGCAAAAGGGAUUGAAUAGUAGGCCAUUGCCAGAUGUUGUCUGGUUGAUGUGAACUAUAUAAGAUCAUGAACAAAAGGCAUUCAGAGCAAGUUUCUGAAGAUCUUUAACAUCAUGUACCAUAUGUUGAGCUUGUUAGUUUAGCCAAUGUGUUAAAUGCUGCUGACGCUGAAUUCUAAUGUUGGUGUUGCUCAUUUCCAAAUCUUGCACCAGUAAUACAACCCUGUAUAAAUUGUCCUUUCACCCAAACCACUUGCUCAUUUGCAUUAUUAUGCCAAAUGGAAAAAAAGAAACAUCGUUGCAAGUGUAUGCAAAUCCAAGCAACUCAUGUGUCAAUGGCAGUGAAGCUGUGUAAGGGAGUUCUCAAAUGAUUCGGAAGUCCUAGGGGUCUGUUUUACCACUGCCCAUGAUCUAUCCAAAACUAUGCAAACACUUCGCUAUGUCUGGUGUAGUUUCAUCACAAUACCCGAGCUUAGUACUACUGUAGUCUCUGCUAUAGCGGACACUUGUUCUCUUAUUCUGCACAUUUUCACCCUAUGCUGGGUAAUAUGGUCACUUCAGGAGUCUGACAUAGGCUUUUCUCCGAUGAUCAUUCAGUACCAGCCACGCAGCCAGCCACCAACAUCACACUGAAAACGUGGAACUCCCCUGAACAGCUUCACUGAACAGAUAUAUUUUUUUCAGCAAAAGUAAGAUUGGCACCAUCUGUCGCCAGAAGAACAAAACUGCUCCACAUUAUAGCUUCACAAGAGCCGAUGCAUUGCCCUCUUAAAACAGACAGCAGUGCUAUUCCUUCCACUGAAAAGCUCUCCAUGUGGUAGCUUUUAUUUUUUUUCAGCUCGGCAUUACCGCUCAUGGCAUGCAUUUUUUAAUUAUUCUGGAUGAAAGGGGGGAGGGGGGGGGGGACAAAUACUGUGUCUAAGCAUAUCAAUAAAUAGAACCCUUAAUUGGAAUGACCCCGCCAGGCGAGGUAUGAGUGCAAAUGAACAAGUGUUUCAUCUAGCGGAGGCAUUUAUAUUCAGUUCACUUCCUGACUCCAGAUGUUGUGAGAAGGCACGAGUGUUGAAAACACACCAUUGGGCAAUUAAAUGUAGAAUUUCACAGUGAUAGAAGAACUGCAACAGGUAAGAAAUUGAGUUAAGAGCUCUUUGAAGCUGUAAGCGCACUAAACUAACAGACUCAUUUCUGCCUGUUUUAGAUCACGUUAGCUAGCCACUAUGCGAGGCCUGGAAAUGAACUGGUCUCGGUACUCCAAGGUUUUGUUUGCUUUUGUGCUUUUGUAAGAAGCACACGACACCAACUCCAGGUUUCGUGAUGUAGUGCCACUGCUGUAACGGAAGAAAGAGCACACAUGGUUGUUGUAUCCAAGUGGAAUUACUGCAUCAUCAGACUAAGGUACUUCGGCGCAGUACGAGUAUUACUUACCUAAUCACAGGCUUGUUUGAAAGUAAGAGGGCUUCUUCCAUUGGCUCUGGUAAAGAGUGUGUCCCGAGAGGAAUUGCGCCAAAUGGACUCCUUUCGGACCUUCUAGAGUUCCUUUUACAAAUAUUUUUUUCCGAUCUUAUGGAAUCUGGAGGCAACAGCCAAAAUUUGUCCAAAGAUAUAUCAAUUCUGAUCAUAUCGCACUAACGAUGGAUACCGUAGGGCUUUCUUGAAGAAGCAUACAUAUGUAUAUUCAUAAUUAUGGCCAUUUAGAAUAGACUUUGUGCCUUCUGUAGAAUACGCAGCUUAGAAAGACAAGUAGGGAAGCUUUCCUUUCUUAACUGACAUAGAAGGACUAAGUAAUUGUCUCCUUUGUUUUAAUAGACAUGCAGGCAUUCCAUAUAUAUUUUGCCAAAGCUACAUAAAUCUGCACACGAGUCUCUGCAUGUGCAUGUGUGCUGCUUGUAAAAUGCUUACUGACACAUUUGUUUGGCUAAUCCUAGUUUUAUAAUUGGGUUAUAGCAAAGUUGUAUGCUGUAAGGUGCAAGACAUGGAAUUUCAUUGCACUAUUUACGUGAAACGAACAUGUCAUUCAUGUCAUUAAAGAAGUAAUGUUUCCACCUCUUGACAUUAAAAUCUGGACAUGUAGGUGUAUGAGCAGUGAACUGCCAUAAUCUGCAUUUUGUGGAUAAUGAGCAAAGUAUGUGUUUUUCCCGCUAUAUUUGUAUGUAAAUUUGAAGAGGCACAAAGGUUUUGGCUGCAGCAAUGAUUUACCUUGUUAUUUACUAAGACAGCGCAUUGUUGAUAAGAACCAUCAGUAUUCACGUGACUGCAAUAACUUGCACUGUUUUAACUGCAGCAGGCACAGCUAUUUUGGAAAAGGUGGCAUUUUUUCACUUUGGGAAACAAUGCUGCAAUCAAGAAAAACAUCCAUUUACAUUUUAUUUUGUGUGCUGGUUUUACUGCUGCAAUAAUCUGUUUACCGUAGCACUGCUCCCAUCCACCCUGAAGAGAAAUCUCUCUCUCUCUCUCUUUUUUAUCAUUAUGCAGUCAAUGAGCCCACAGCACAAAUUUUUAUUGAGAGUUUUAAAUUGAAUGAGUGGAAAGACUAUAGUGUUCCAUUGGACAUCUAGUACGAUAUUUCUCACUGUGAGCAACAGUUUAUGGCCAUCCUUGUUCAUUUCUUGUUAUUGUAAAUGGAAUAUGCUUUUCAUAUAUACAGGCUGUUUCAGCGAACACAUUCAAAAUUGGUAAAAGGUUGCCUGUGGCAGAUAGCUCAAUUCUAGUUUAUGAGGCGGUCUACUCGGAGAGGCGGACACUACUUGUAUGAAAAUUGUAAUGCGAAAUUGACUAAUUACCAAGAAUUCACUAAUUAAAUGUUUAGCCAAUUAUCUUAUGACCCAUAUUGCAAUUUACAAAUUCUAGUAGUGGACUUUGCAAGACAGGUCUAAUUGGAACGAGGUCUCAGGACUACACCAGUUUCGAGAUAUAAAUUCCCGAACUUUGCAAAGAAAUGCAUUGGCGUUCCAGUUACUUGUGUGCUUCAGUGCAUGAAACGACGUUUUGUUAACUAGGUAACUGGAAAGCCGGCACAUUUCUCCGCAAAGUUCGGGAAUUUUUAUCUGGAAACUGGUGUCAUCUUGAAAAUUUGUUCUAAGAGGAUCCACCUUGCGAACUCCACGGCUAUAAUUUGUAAUUUGCAAUAUGGGCCGUAAUGUGAUUAGUUAAAACUUAAAUAGUAAAUUUUUAUUAAUUAGCCAAUUUUGCAUCUCAAUUUACUGUGCAAGUAUUGUCUUCCGCUUCGAGUAGACCAGCGCAUGAAGUACAAUUGUGAUAUCGGCCACAUGCAACUUUUAAAGAUUUUCGAAAGUGUUCGCUGAAGCACCCUGUAUAAGGCAUGAGUAUGCUAGAAAGCGUAUACCUGUACAUGUAAAAAUGUAAAACAAAAUGUAUAUACACCCGGAACUGAAUCUUUCUUCCUUUCUUUCUUGUUUUUUUUUUUUUGAGCAUGCAAGAUGCCAAGGACAUCACUGCUAUGCUAUCAUGACAAGCUAUAAAUGGCAAGUUGGUGCUCCUCUUGAGCACUAGAUUUUAUGCGAAGACGAGUAAUGACUAAAUACUAGCACCACUAGCUGCUUCAAUAGCUUCACAAUGCCUGUCAGUUCUGUUUACCUGUUGUAAAUUGUGUGGAUGCUUCUGUUUCAAAGAUUACAUAAAUAAAUGCAUCUUCUGUGUGUUGCGAGUGUCAA